UAGCUUCUGUUUAAUUCCUCAACGAUUUUGACACAAAAUCAAUUGUAUAGCGUAUGUUUUUUGGUCGAAAAAGGAAUUGAUGGCUUUUCUCCUUAGGAGCGGACGAAGAAGCCGAGGCAUCCACAGGAUGAUUUCUUCCAUUUACACGCCUUCAUACAGUCGUCCCCUGCAAUUCAUUGAUCUAUGUGGUACAGCAAAUCCUGAACAUGUAGGAAAUAGUUGGCAACGCUGGGUAAGUGCAGACAACAGAAAUGGUUUGAUUCCAUUGAGUGUGGGUAAUGCGAGGCUUUAUUCAGAGUCUGCAAAGCAAAAAGAAAAGGGUAGGGUUUUAGAAGAGUUUAAGCACCAGGAGAUUGAGGGGCCAACUGUAGAGAGAGACAUGUCUGCGCUUGCAAAUGAAGUGAGGGAGGAGGAGAAGCAGCUGAGGAAACGCAUGUAUGAUCUGAGUAGAGGCCUGCUGCUUCUUGGAGUGGCACAACUGUCAUGCGGGGCAUGGCUACUCUGGGUUACAAAAGUCCCGCCCUUCUCUGAAAUAUCUGUACAAAGUUUCUUCGCUUUUGCGUUUCCCUUCACAUUUGCAUAUCUAGUUAGGCAAGCGCUCAAGUCCAUGACUUUUUUCGCUAGAAUGGAGGAGAUGGGGCGCUUGCAGAUACUAACUUUAAUGCUGCAAGUUACGAAAGGGAUGAGUACCCUGUGCCAGCGAGUGAAUACUGUUGUCCUACUUUGCACCGCAGGCAUCUCCAUGGGUCUCUUGGCAAAUCAAUGGCUACCAAGUGGAUCAACCUAAACCCCAAAUUGCAUGUGAGUGCCAUAAACUGUUUUAAUUAUACUAUUUAGUCAAUGGAAAAAUAAUGGGGCUAAUAGGAAGUACUGUAUAUUAUUUGAGAAAUGCCAGAGUUCUUUUUCGGGCUGAUAAUGGAUGAUGGAGUGAGUAUAUUCUGAAAAAUUGAUACCAAAUUUUCUGCAAAAAAAUUAUUUCACAUCACUAAUUUGGACUGUGAAAAUUUAAUAAUCCUUAGCCAUUACAUUUGUAUGCACUAAA